CAACGAAGUGUGUCUGGCGAUCGUUGUUCGAACCGAUUUAGACGAGACGAAAGAGAAUAUUGUCAGAGCAAUGACUGUGCAAGGGAUCCGGACGGUGACUUCCGCCAGAAACGGCGUCGGAGCCUUCAUCCUACAAUGCAAGCGGUUGGAUUUCCACUACUGCGACUGGGCUGGUAGCUCUCGCGGGAUGGUGUCCUUCCUGAAGCACCACCUCCCCUCCUUCGCCAAAGCAAACCCCCAGAUCGAGAUCCGAGUAUCGCCCCGGCCGCACAAGCACCCCGUCAUCAAGGGUCAUUACGUGAAUGGCCGCGAGAAGGCAAUCUGUGUCCGCAACCUGGAGCCCGAGCAGAUCUUCAACAAGGCGAACCUGCUGAAGGCGGCCAGCGGCGAGAAGUUGAAGCGCACCAAAAAGCCCAUCGCAAGUCUCAACGAGAGCGUCAGAGGUAUCUGGGACCCGUACCACGGCGGUUUCAAGUCGGUGUAAACGGAAAUUGGUAUAUGGUUACUGCAGAGGUGUUACAACUUGGAAUUCUGUUUGGUUUAUUUUUGAUCAUGGGCUAGCACUUUUAUGCUUCGGAGCCCCCAACGUGGUUCUGUCUUCUAUUUGAUAUGUAUCAUAUGUACAAAAUUGCUUGAAAACUAUUACAUGUGUAUCUGCUGCAUUGAAGAGCGCUAUUUGAGCAAAUCGGAACAAUAUCAUCCAUGGGUGAAUGCAAGGCCAAUGCAGGAGGUACCCAGAG